UUUUUUUUUUUUUCACUCCCUGCAAAUUUUUUUUUCUGGUCAAUCUCCUUAUUCAGCCAUGACAGACAUUGAAGAAAAGGUGAAAACAACUGCCGAAGAAUUGAACCAAGUUUCGCUGGACAACGACAACAUUCCCGAGACGGACGGGGCUGCCGCGGCCAAGAAGAAGAAAAAGAAAAAUAAAAAGAAGAAAUCAGCUGCUGCAGCUGAAUCUGGUGACUCGGUGCCAGCUGAAGAAAAUGACGAGGAAGCUGCCGACGAUGCAGGCAACGAAGAGACGGCAGGAACAGAAGGGGGAGAAUCAGCUGCUAAGAAGAAGAAGAAUAAGAAGAAGAAGAAAGCACCCAAGACGCAGACUGAACCGCCCACUGUCGGGCUUAGCAAACUCUUCCGCGACAAUGUUUAUCCCGAGGGCGAAACGCAUGAAUACAGGGAUGAUAACUUGUGGAGAACCACGAGCGAGGAAAAGCGUGCAGCUGAGCGAUUGCAAUUUGAUGAUUACAACGAUCUGCGUCGAGCGGCUGAAGUGCAUCGUCAAGUCCGUGCUUAUGCUCAGAAAGCCAUCAAGCCUGGCAUGACCAUGAUUGAGAUUUCAGAGCUGAUCGAGAAUGGUACCCGUGCGCUCGUGGAAGAGACCGGUUUGGAAUCGGGUAUUGGUUUCCCAACAGGUUGUUCUUUGAACCACUGUGCUGCGCAUUAUACCCCUAAUGCUGGCGAUAAGACGGUGCUGACGUACGAUGAUGUGAUGAAGAUCGAUUUUGGUACUCAUGUGAAGGGUCGUAUCAUUGAUUCGGCUUUUACGAUGCAUUUCAAUCCCAAGUUCGAUCCUCUCGUCGAAGCGGCCCGCGAAGCUACUUAUGCUGGUAUCAAGGAAGCUGGUAUCGAUGUUCGAUUAUGUGAUAUUGGUGCUGCUGUUCACGAAGUGUAUGAUUCAUGCGAAAUCGAGCUGGACGGCAAGACACAUCAGAUCAAACCUAUUCGCAAUUUGAACGGUCACACCAUCGAGCCUUACCGCAUCCAUGCUGGCAAAUCGGUCCCCAUUGUACGAGAUUCCGGGGAUGAGACCAAAUUGGAAGAGGGCGAGCAAGUCGCCAUUGAAACGUUCUGUUCUACCGGACGUGGCUAUGUCAUCGAAGAAGGCGAAUGUUCCCAUUAUGCCAAGUCCGCUGACAGUGGUUUUGUGCCUUUGCGAUUACCGAAAGCCAAGUCAUUGCUCGCGACCAUCAACAAGCAUUUUGGUACCUUGCCCUUCUGUCGACGUUAUUUGGAUCGCAUUGGCGAAGAAAAAUAUAUGUUGGGCUUGAACAACUUGGUUCGUAGCGGUGUGGUGACAGCUUACCCUCCAUUAUGUGAUAUCAAAGGCAGUUAUACAGCUCAAUUGGAACACACCAUCUUGCUUAGACCUACUUGUAAAGAGAUUGUGUCCAAGGGUGACGAUUAUUAGUAAACUUUUUUAAAUAUCUGUCAAUAGCUUCUUUUGUUUUCACUCUCCCUCUUUUUGAAACAAUAAAUUACAAACAAUGCAUCCAUUUCAUAUCCU